AUGCAAGAAUCAAAGCUCCACCUCCGUGAACAUAUCAUGAAUCAAAUCCCCAAGACCAUCACCAAUUUCUUCCUCCACACAACCGGUUUAGCCGCCAUUCGCAUACUCGGUGAUAUACCCAACAGCAUCCUCGACCAGACUUGUUACCUGGACUCCAUACGGCCAUUUGUGUCCAAAAUCGAAGAGUCUCUUCAUGAUUACCAACCAGAUGCCCAGACACGCUUCCUCGCAGUAGACAUAUAUCCUGGAAAACACUCUUAUUUUGCGGUAGAUGUCAACAAUGUCGACUACGUCUAUGAAAAUGCUCAUCGCGAUUCGCCUCCAAUCCCCGUUUAUGUUCUUCGUCUAUCGAGGAAUGUAAAUAUUUUCAGAAAGAGAGAGGUAGAUGGUACUAUUGCUGAGAGGCUCGCGGAGAUGCAUAAUGGGCAUGGAAAUGACCCCUUGCCGUUGGUGGAUGAUCAUAAUCAGAUGAUGUGGUAUUCCAGGCCGCGUAGCCUUCCAUCUUGA